UUGGAGUGCUGGGGAACUUUUUCCCCUUCUUGAGGCCGGGAGAAAGGGAAUGCCCAAUUCAGAGAGACAUGGGGGCAAGAAGGACGGGGGCGGAGGAGCUUCUGGAACUUUGCAGCCGUCAUCGGGAGGUGGCAGCUCCAACAGCAGAGAGCGUCACCGCUUGGUGUCGAAGCACAAGCGGCAUAAAUCCAAGCACUCCAAAGACAUGGGGUUGGUGACCCCCGAAGCAGCACCCUUGGGUACAAUUAUCAAACCUUUGGUGGAGUAUGAUGAUAUCAGCUCUGAUUCAGACACCUUCUCUGAUGACAUGGCUUUCAAACUAGACAGGAGAGAGAAUGAUGAACGCCGUGGAACUGACCGGAGUGACCGCCUGCACAAACAUCGUCACCACCAGCACAGACGUUCUCGGGACUUACUAAAAACUAAACAGACGGAAAAAGAAAAAAAUCAGGAAGUCUCCAGCAAGUCGGGAUCGAUGAAGGACCGGAUAUCAGGAAGUUCGAAGCGCUCGAAUGAAGAGAAUGAUGACUAUGGGAAGACACAGAUAUCCAAAAGCAGCAGCAACAAGGAAUCCAGGUCGUCCAAACUCCAUAAGGAGAAGACACGGAAAGAACGUGAGUUGAAGUCCGGGCACAAAGACCGGAGUAAAAGUCAUCGGAAAAGGGAAACACCCAAAAGUUACAAAACAGUGGACAGCCCAAAACGGAGAUCCAGGAGCCCCCAUAGGAAGUGGUCUGACAGCCCCAAGCAAGAUGAUAGCCCCUCUGGAGCUUCUUAUGGCCAAGAUUACGACCUCAGUCCCCCAAGAUCUCACACCUCCAGCAAUUAUGACUCCUACAAGAAGAGUCCUGGAAGUACCUCAAGAAGGCAGUCAGUCAGCCCUCCUUACAAGGAGCCUUCAGCCUACCAGUCCAGCACCCGGUCACCCAGUCCCUACAGUAGGCGGCAGAGGUCUGUGAGCCCCUAUAGCCGGAGACGCUCAUCCAGCUAUGAAAGGAGUGGCUCUUACAGUGGGAGAUCACCCAGUCCCUAUGGGCGAAGGCGUUCCAGCAGCCCUUUCAUGAGCAAGCGGUCUCUGAGUCGGAGUCCACUCCCCAGUAGGAAAUCCAUGAAGUCCAGAAGUAGAAGUCCUGCAUAUUCAAGACACUCAUCUUCUCAUAGUAAAAAGAAAAGAUCUGGGUCACGCAGUCGACAUUCCAGUAUCUCACCUGUCAGGCUUCCAUUGAACUCCAGUCUGGGAGCUGAACUCAGUAAGAAAAAGAAGGAAAGAGCAGCUGCUGCUGCUGCAGCAAAAGUGGAUGGAAAGGAAUCCAAGGGUUCACCUAUAAUUUUGCCUAGAAAAGAGAACAGUUUAGUAGAGGUUAAGGAUUCAGGCUUGGAGUCUAAAAAGUUAUCCAGAGUUGUAAAAUUGGAAAAAUCUGCUCCAGAUACUGAACUGGUGAAUGUAACACAUCUAAACACAGAAGUCAAACAUUCAUUAGAUACAGGGAAAGUAAAGUUGGAUGAGAACCCUGAGAAGCAUCCUGUUCUUAAAGAUUUGAAAGCACAGGGAACAAGAGACUCUAAACCUAUAGCAUUGAAAGAGGAGAUUGUUACUCCAAAGGAGACAGAGACAUCUGAAAAGGAAACUCUUCCACCUCUUCCCACAAUUACUUCUCCACCACCCCCUUUACCAACUACUACCCCUCCACCUCAGACACCCCCUUUACCACCUUUGCCUCCACUACCAGCUGUUCUACAGCAGCCACCUCUGCCUCCUCCCCAACCAGCAUUUAGUCAGGUUCUUGCUUCCAGUACUUCAACUUUGCCCCCUUCUACUCAUCCAAGGACAUCUGCUCUAACCUCCCAGGCAAAUUCUCAGCCCCCUGUACAGGUUUCUGUGAAGACUCAAGUAUCUGUAACAACUGCUAUUCCACACCUGAAAACUUCAACAUUGCCUCCUCUCCCCUUCCCACCUUUAUUACCUGGAGAUGAUGAAAUGGAUAGUCCAAAGGAAACUCUUCCUUCAAAACCUGUAAAAAGAGAGAAGGAACAGAAGACACGUCACCUACUUACAGACCUUCCUCUCCCUCCAGAGCUCCCUGGUGGGGAUCCAUCUCCCCCAGACUCGCCAGAACCAAAGGCAAUCACACCACCUCAGCAACCAUAUAAAAAGAGACCAAAAAUUUGUUGCCCUCGUUAUGGAGAAAGAAGACAAACAGAAAGUGACUGGGGGAAACGUUGUGUGGACAAGUUUGACAUUAUUGGGAUUAUUGGAGAGGGAACGUAUGGCCAAGUUUAUAAAGCCAAGGACAAAGACACAGGGGAGCUUGUGGCCCUGAAGAAAGUAAGACUAGACAAUGAGAAAGAGGGCUUCCCAAUCACAGCCAUUCGUGAAAUCAAAAUCCUUCGUCAGUUGAUCCACCGAAGUGUUGUUAACAUGAAGGAAAUCGUCACAGAUAAACAAGAUGCACUGGAUUUCAAGAAGGACAAAGGUGCCUUUUACCUUGUAUUUGAGUAUAUGGACCAUGACUUAAUGGGAUUGCUAGAAUCUGGUUUGGUGCACUUUUCUGAGGACCAUAUCAAGUCAUUCAUGAAACAGUUAAUGGAAGGAUUGGAUUACUGUCACAAGAAGAAUUUUCUACAUCGGGAUAUUAAAUGUUCUAACAUUUUGCUGAACAACAGUGGGCAAAUCAAACUAGCAGAUUUUGGACUUGCUCGACUCUAUAACUCUGAAGAGAGUCGCCCUUACACGAACAAAGUUAUUACUCUGUGGUACCGACCUCCAGAAUUGCUCCUGGGAGAGGAACGUUAUACGCCAGCCAUAGAUGUUUGGAGCUGUGGGUGCAUACUUGGGGAACUGUUCACAAAGAAGCCUAUUUUUCAAGCCAAUCUGGAACUGGCUCAGCUAGAACUGAUCAGCCGACUCUGUGGUAGCCCUUGUCCAGCUGUUUGGCCUGAUGUUAUCAAGCUGCCCUACUUCAACACCAUGAAACCGAAGAAGCAGUAUAGGAGGCGUCUACGAGAAGAAUUCUCUUUCAUUCCUUCAGCAGCUCUUGAGUUACUAGACCACAUGCUGACGCUAGAUCCUAGCAAGCGUUGCACGGCUGAACAGACCCUACAAAGUGACUUCCUUAAAGAUGUCGAGCUCAGCAAAAUGGCUCCUCCAGACCUCCCCCAUUGGCAAGAUUGCCAUGAAUUGUGGAGCAAGAAACGGCGACGGCAACGACAAAGUGGUGUUGUAUUGGAAGAGCCACCUCCAUCCAAAGCCUCUCGAAAAGAAACUACCUCAGGGACAAGUGCUGAGCCUGUGAAGAACAGCAGCCCAGCACCACCUCAGUCUGCUCCUAGCAAGGUGGAGCCUGGGGCUGGGGAUGCUAUAGGCCUUGGUGACAUCACACAGCAGCUGAAUCAAAGUGAAUUGGCAGUGUUACUGAACCUGCUGCAGAGCCAAACUGACCUGAGCAUCCCUCAAAUGGCACAGUUGCUUAAUCUCCACUCUAACCCAGAGAUACAGCAGCAGCUGGAGGCCCUGAACCAAUCCAUCAGUGCCCUGACUGAAGCCACUUCUCAGCAGCAGGACUCAGAGCCCAUGGCCCCAGAGGAGUCUUUGAAGGAGGCACCCCCUGCCCCAGUGGUCCAGCCUUCAGCAGAACAGAUGACCCCUGAAGCAUCAAGCACACCAGCUGACAUGCAGAAUAUGUUGGCAGUUCUCUUGAGCCAGCUGAUGAAAACCCAGGAGCCAGCAGGCAGCCUGGAGGAAAACAACAGUGACAAGAACAGUGGGACACAGGGGCCCCGAAGAACUCCCACAAUGCCUCAGGAGGAGUCAUCAGCAUGUCCUCCUCACAUUCUUCCACCAGAGAAGAGGCCCCCUGAACCCCCUGGACCUCCACCGCCGCCACCUCCACCCCCUCUGGUUGAAGGCGAUCUUUCCAGCGCCCCCCAGGAGUUGAACCCAGCCGUGACAGCCGCCUUGCUGCAACUUUUAUCCCAGCCUGAAGCAGAGCCUCCUGGCCACCUGCCACAUGAGCACCAGGCCUUGAGACCAAUGGAGUACUCCACCCGACCCCAUCCAAACAGGACUUACGGAAACACUGAUGGGCCUGAAACAGGGUUCAGUGCCACUGACACUGAUGAACGCAACUCUGGUCCAGCGUUGGCAGAAUCCCUGGCCCAGACCCUGGUGAAGAACAGGACCUUCUCAGGCUCUGUGAGCCACCUUGGGGAGUCCAGCAGUUACCAGGGCACAGGGUCAGUGCAGUUCCCUGGGGACCAGGACCUCCGCUUUGCCAGGGUCCCCUUAGCAUUACACCCAGUGAUUGGGCAACCAUUCCUGAAGGCUGAGGGAAGCAGCAACUCUGUGGUACAUGCAGAGACCAAAUUGCAAAACUAUGGGGAGCUGGGGCCAGGAACCACUGGGGCCAGCAGCUCAGGAGCAGGCCUUAACUGGGGGUCCCCAGCUCAGGCUUCUGCUUAUGGAAAACUCUAUCGGGGGCCUACAAGAGUCCCGCCAAGAGGGGGAAGAGGGAGAGGAGUUCCUUACUAACCCAGAGACUUCACUGUCCUGAAAGACUCCUUCCCUGUCCAUCCUUCCAUCCUGUCCUCUGAACCUUUAAUGAAAUCAUUUGCCAGAGCGAGGUAAUCAUCUGCAUUUGGCUACUGCAAAGCUAUCCAUUGUAUUCCUUGCUCACUUGCUACUAGCAGGCGACUUACAGAAUAAUAAUGUCGGCACCAAUUCCCCCUGGAUGGGCUAUAGCCAGAAAAUUUAUUUCAACUCUACCUGGUAGAUAUAAGUAGCGAAUAUGGAGAGGAUCAUUAAUUUGAAAAGUAAAUGUUUUAUUAGCUCAUUGCCUGCAUUUCUUCAGAAGAGAAAGAGAACAGUAUCAGUUCUGAGAUGAGAUGACUGGGAGAAGCUCUCUUUAGGUUUUUUAAAUUUGGGGUUUUUUUUUAUUUUAUUGUUUUUAGUUUAGUUUGUCCCCCCCUCCCCCUUUUUUUUUUAAUAUAGGGGUAUUGGUUUUUUUGUUUUUUUUUGUUUUGGCUUUUUUAAGAGACAAAUGUUCACAAAAUUUGAGCUGCUCUUAGGCUUUUGCUCUAAGGGAAAGAGAAUGACCUGGCUGAGUUAAAUAAAUGUUUCCUUCCUCUCCCACCAUCUCAUGUUUUUGCUUUUAAGCAAACAUUUUUUCCCCAUUGAGCAUCUUGAACAUACCUUUUUCCAAAUAAAUUACUCAUUCUUCAAAUUUGCUCCACUUUAACAAAAGGCAUGCCCCUCUCCCUGCACGUAAAGCAGGUUGUAGAAAGUGGCAUUCUUGGGCAAGUAGGUAGACUUUACCCCAUCUCCCAACUCUUUCUUUUUUGCCCCAUCUUGAUAAAGUUUUUUUCUCUCCCCCUUUCUCUUAUUCUCUCCCUCCCUCCCUUUCUCUCUCCCUCUCCCUCCUUCCCUCUCUCUCUUUCUCUGUCUUUUUGAGGCAUUUGUUUGGAAAAAAUUAAUUGUUGAGAUGCCCAAGAACCUGGGAUAAUUCUCUACCUUUUUUGAAAUAAAGGAAAGGAAAUUUGACUCCUACAUUGUUCUCUGUAACUUAUCAAUUCCAAAAAGUUUUAUGUUUUUUGCUUUUUAAACCAUGUUCUGAUGGGGAAGUUGAUUUGUAAAUGUGGACAGCCUAGGACUUUGCUGCUGAGUUGGAGUUAGAGAUGAUUUCUUCAUACCUAGAGGGCUAAUAAGAACAGUUAGCAUAUUGUUUACACAUGUAUUUUUAUGUCAAAAACAAACAAACAAACCAGACUUUGAAACAGCAUUGUAAUAUUGUCAAAGAGGGAAAAAAAAAUACAUCCUGAAAAUACAUGGAAACAUAACUUAGUUUAGGGUGGGUAUUUUUCUGAAGAUGUAUCAAUACCUGAUACCUUUUUUAAAAAUAACUUGGGAGCAGACCAUGACAAAGAACAGUAUUGACAUAUACACAACCCAGCAUGUAUAUCCUACCAAUUCUGUUAGGAAUUUUCCUUCAGAGGGGUUUGGUUUUUAUUUCGGUGUUGGUAAAAGGGGUUAAAUUAUAGCUUCCUGGCAAAAACUUCGCUAUAUCACGAACAGGAAAUGGGAAGGGAAAGGCUCUCAAGGUGGGCUAAUUUGGGAGGCUUCUCAUUCUGGCUUCCAAUUCUAUGUGAGUACCAGCAUAUAGUGUGUUUUAAAAACAAAUACACAUUCAUAUAAAUUAUCUGCAUAGACUUAGACCUUUAUGAAACAUAGGUUAGCCCCCUUUUAUAAAGAAAAGGCAAACAUGCUUCAGCACUUGGAGUAUAGUUUUCAGAAUUCAAGUGAAGUUUUGUGUUUCAUUGCCAAGUUCGUAUAUAAAAAAUAAAUUACUUAUAAGAGAAAGGUGCACUAAUAAAAAGAAAAUCUUUAUAGAAGUGAAAGAAGAACCCUCUUCAGAUACAUGAAGACUUUUCCCCUGCUACUGAAAUAGGUAGAUAACCAAUGUGUGUAUUUCUUUAUUAUUCUCUGGUUUUUGGUCUGGCCUUGCCCUAAGGGCCAAGCAUUGAUUAGAAAGAACCAUCUAACCAUUUUGGCAUUGAUGGCCUUUUAUACCAGUGUGUCCAAUUAGAUUUGCUAGGCUCACUGAGAUGAUAUUGGUAAAUUGCAUUAAAGUUCAUCUGAACCUGUCUGUUGACUUUUUAGUCCUCAGACAUGGGCCUUUGUAUUUUAGAAUAUUUGAAUUUGAGGCAUUUGGCCCCAUUCUCUCCUGUUUUGAUUAAAGAACCUAAGCUUGGGAUACUUUCUCAAGUAUCUGUUUAGUGAAAAAUUGGUUUUUCCCAUCAAAUAUGAAUAAAAUUCUCUGUAUGUUUUCAUUGUA